UCUUAAAUUAGCUAUAAAGGCCGUGAUUAACUAUUUAGAUAGUAUUGGUCUCCAAUUAUCCGUAUCUAAAUCUAAUAUUUGUGUAUUUAAUAGAACUAGAAGAAGUUUUAAUAUUGAUAUUGAGAUUAACGGUUCAUCUCUUAACGUGGUGGAUAAAGUUAAAUACUUAGGUUUAUGGUUGGACUCGUCCUUAAGAUGGAGUCUUCAAGUAAAUGAAUUGUGUGCUAAAAACUAUAAAUGUUUGAACGUCUUAAAAGUUCUAUCGGGUAGGUCGUGGGGAGUUCACCCUCAAUAUAUUCGCCGUCUUUAUAUUUCUCUUGUAAGGAGCCGACUGGACUAUGCUAGUUUUAUAUAUGGUAGUUGUGCUAAAACACAUCUUAAAAAGCUCGAUAUUCUACAAAACAGAGCGUUGAGAAUAUGUGGCUCUUUUAUACGUAGCACUCCAGUGUUUGUUAUGCAGAGUGAACUCUCCAUUCCUCCCUUACAUAUACGUAGGUACGUGUUGGCGAGUAGAUUCUUGUUUAAAUUUAAGUCUAGACUAGGCAACGAUUUGUUAUAUUAUUUAGAUCAGUUAAAUUUAGUACGAAAUUAUUUUAGGAAUACUAAUCUCCCAAUUCUAGCACAAAUUAACUCUGAAUGGAGUAAUAUGAAUGUAUAUGUAAGUGAAAAGUUAGAGGCGUAUUCGUUAAACACAUGGGUGUCUUCAAUAGAUGUCGAAGAACUCAUUGUCGAUAAAGUUGGCGACAUGGCUCCAAAACGGAGCUUAUCUGAUUGUGAACUUAAAAAUUAUUUUUUGCAAUUCAUAUCUGAUAAUUAUUCUGAUUGUUAUAAGUUAUAUACGGAUGGCUCUAAAUGUACUCAAGGUGUCGGAGCUGCCUUCUUCGAUCCCCAAUUAGACGUUUCACAGAAGUUUAAAUUACAUAGAGAUAAUAAUAUAAUGACUGCUGAACUUCUUGCUAUUAAGGAAUCACUAACUUAUGUUAAUAACUUGAACAACAAUAACAGUAUAGUUAUUUUAUCAGACUCGAGAAGUGCUCUCCAACACCUUCGUCGGUGCGCCACGAAGCAACGUGGCUCUCCGAUAGCCUUCGAAGCUUUGGAUUUACUCCGGCAUGUUUCUGGAAAAGUUUCAAUUAAACUGCAAUGGGUUCCUGCCCAUGUCGGUUUGAUUGGAAACGAAACUGCGGAUGCGCUUGCCAAGAGUGCAGUUAUGGAUGGUCCCGUGGUCUGUUCUAAACCUUUUGUAAAUGAGCUUCGUCAUCAGAUUAAGGAAAAGGCGCUCGAGAAAUGGGAAUACCAUUUCGGCGAGGAAUUACAAAGAGGUGUUGGAGUUUGGUACGGAACCAUCCAGAAUAAACCAGUAUGGGAGCCUUGGUUUAUUUCGUGUAAUUUAUCGAGAAAGUUGUUGGUGUCAGCCUUUAGAUUACGAUCUGGGCACAUUCCAGCAAAUAAAUUUUGCUACUUGGUUGGAAUUAAGCCUUCGCCUAAUUGCGAUGUGUGCGACAAGCCCGAAGACCUGUAUCAUGUUUUGCUGGAGUGUGCUCGGACUGCAGAGCUAAGAUCAAGGCUCUUAGGUGACUUUGGCUGCCUGCACAAUGGACGGAUCAAUAGUGUACUUUCGGAGCCGUUGUCCCCAGAGGCAAUAAAAUUAUAUAGUUUUUUGGAUCUGUCCCUUAUGUAGGGAACACUGUAUUCACCUAUGAGGCUGACAUUAACACUGAGUGUUAAAAGCCUC